AACAAAACAAGGAAAGAAGUCUAGGGUACCUGAUCAAAGAUAGGCACAAAUACAUAGAAGCCCAUGGAGGCUGCUGCACAGCAUGUAUGGAAGUCUCCCACGUCUUGUUUUUCUCUCGACCGUUAUCACUUCUGACGUGUGUCUUCGUGUUUCGAUUUACAUGAACUCUGGAUGGAUCGACUCCUAUAUCUCUCACACUCUUUUAGCCUCCUUCAUCAAUAUCCCAUAUUUUUCUUCUUUUCUUUAUUUUUCUCUGGCAAAAGCCUUCAUCAUCAAUAUCCAACACUCUCUCUUCAUUACUAGUAUAUCCAUCUCUGUGAUUCAAGGAAUUUAAUGUUAGAUUUUCUUUUUCUUAAAUUUCUUCCCUUUUCUGGAAAACUAAUUAAUCAUCCCUCCAAUCCAUUUUAAAUAUGCUUCUCAUUCCGUACUCUGUCUCUCUGUAUAUCUCUGAUUCUCUCUGAACUCUGAUAAAUAUCAUCAUCUCCUCUCCCUUCUUAUUUCCUUCCUCAAAACCCAGUUUUGUUUUCAUAUAGAUUUUAUUUCUUAAAGUUCUCUUCAGUGCAGAGACUCUGUUUCUAAAUUUCUUAAAUAUUUUCCAUUUAUUUUUCUCAUAGAAUAAAAGUGAAGAUUAAAAAUGAUGCUUCAAAGAAUUAAUCUCAAGAACAGAAUCCAGCUUUCUUCUUUUACCCAGUUGGUAAAUAAAUCAUAUUUUACAUCUCAAACUGCAUCCACAUUACAGUCACUGCCAGAAUCUUCUCCUACUUACAGGUUCGAUGAUGACGGAGAAGAAUAUGCUGAUAUAAAAUGGGAUGAACUUGGAUUUGGACUGGUGCAAACUGAUUACAUGUACAUUAUGAAAUGCUCAAAAGAAGGGGAGAUUUUCACUCGUGGUGAACUCAACCCUUAUGGAAACAUUGAAAUGAGCCCUUGUUCUGGUGUCUUGAAUUACGGCCAGGGACUAUUUGAGGGAUUGAAGGCUUACAGGAAAAGAGAUGGGAACAUCCUACUAUUCCGUCCAGAACAGAAUGCAAUGCGUCUGCAAAUGGGUGCAGAGAGAAUGUGUAUGCCAUCACCCUCCGUAGACCAAUUCAUCGAUGCUGUCAAGCAAACAGUUCAUGCCAACAAACGUUGGGUUCCUCCACCAGGGAAAGGGUCUCUGUACAUUAGACCACUUCUCCUAGGAACUGGACCUGUUCUAGGAAUAUCGCCAGCACGAGAAUGUACAUUCAUCACUUAUGCUUCACCAGUGGGUAACUACUUCAAGGAAGGAAUGGCACCCUUGAAUUUGGUUAUUGAAGAAACGAUGCAUAGAGCUAAUCCUGGGGGAACUGGAGGAGUCAAAACUAUCACUAAUUAUGCACCUGUACUUAAAGCACUAGCUCAUGCAAAGAGUAUGGGAUUCUCAGAUGUUAUAUACCUUGAUUCGGUACAGAAGAAAUAUAUUGAGGAGCUCUCUUCAUGUAAUAUAUUCAUUGUGAAGGGGAAUAGGAUUUCUACUCCACCUACAAAAGGCACUAUUCUACCUGGAAUUACCAGGAAAAGCAUCAUUGACAUUGCUAUUGCUCAAGGUUAUCAGGUUGAAGAGCGCGCCAUUGAAGUAGAAGAGUUGAUUGACGCUGAUGAAGUGUUCUGCACUGGAACUGCAGUUGUUGUUGCUCCUGUUGGUAGUAUCACAUUUCGAAGUAAAAGAUAUGAAUUCAAAACAGGAGCCGGAACUACAUCUGUGAAACUGCACUCAAUCCUUACAGGCAUUCAAUCAGGUCGUAUAGAAGACAAAAUGGGUUGGACUGUUGAGUUAGAUUAAGUUCUUGUUUUUUCAUUUCCUUUAGCCUCAGCAUUUUGGUGUAGCUAGUCAUUACACUAGACACCUAAAUGCUGUAUAGGUUGUUCUGUUCUUGGUCACAUCCUUGGUGUUCAGCCAUAUACUUCACAUACAAGUGUGAAACAGACAAUAAGAAUAUUAAUACUGUGAUAUUUCAAUGCAUGCAUAUUGGUUUACAA